AUGAGUCCUGCAGUACAAUCGAUAGCUGAUCUCAUUACAGAAACGAAGCGUACGAGUGGCGAGAUUCCACCAUCACUUGUUGGAGCAUCGACCGUCAUUGUUGGCGAUUCCAUGUAUGUCUUUGGAGGAAGAUUGGUGUCUUCUCGUCAAAUGACCAAUCAUCUGUACGUCUUGAACCUUUCAACGUUAAAGUGGACACGGCAUGCGCCUUCUCCGGACUCGACACCCCCUCCACGAGCGCGUUAUUUCCAUACAGCCAGUGUAUACAAGAAUCAUAUGGUAGUCUUUGGUGGUAUGGGCCAUGUGGAAAAAGGAGGAUCCCAAGAUCUAUUAGCAUUGGAUGAUGUUUGCUUGCUGAAUCUUACCAAUAUGACCUGGACGUAUCCUGAGAUUGGCCCGAGUGUUUUCAGUCCGCAACCUCGUUAUGCUCAUUUGGCAGUGAUUGCGCAUGACAAGCUGGUCGUCAUGGGUGGACAAGAUAUGACCAAUCGUUAUAUUAAGCAAGUCAACGUACUCGACAUGAAGACAUUUAUUUGGAUACAAGGCUGCUCAUUGGAAGGCCAAUAUGGUGCCUACCGAUCUAUUGCUUGUUCGCCACCACUCUAUGACAAAUCACUUGGAUGGAAUGCAACUAGCAGCUAUAAUAUCGACACUACCGAUACGACCACAGCAACAACCGAUCCACUUGCCGUUUGCGUUUAUUCCAACUACAACUUUACCGAUGUGAUUCGUUCAUUACAAACAUUUCAUUUGUCGGGUCGUACAAACCAUGUUGAACCCAAAGAUCAUUCAGCGGAUAUGUCUGGCACAGCACUACCACCUGGAUUACGCUUUCCUAUGGGACAUCUUGUUGGUCAUCACAUGAUCCUUACAGGCACCUAUCUUACACCAACGCAUCGAUCUUUUCAUAUGUGGGCACUCAACUUAUCCAAUCGUGUAUGGAUGCGCAUUGAUACCGGCAACGUUUUAUCCACCGGCUCGUGGAAUCGUGGUGUGCUAGGAGACAACAGCCAAACUUUGUAUGUGCUCGGUCACAGAGAUCGUGAUCUUCUUGAUGAUUACAAUCGGCGACAAGUCAACUUUGAUCAUAUUGUUGCUGUGGAUAUGGAGGCAUUUGGUAUCUAUCUACAUCCCCCUUCGACGUGUGCACCCAUUGCCCAAGAACUUGGCUUGAGCAUGUUGAAUGAACCAAGUAUGGCCGAUGUGGAUCUUGUGACCUCUGAUAAGAAAGCAAUUCCUGUCAAUUCAUCAAUUCUUGCGCGACGAUGGAAACAUUUCGAUCGACUCUUGAAGGAAGACCAUGGCAACCAUACCGGAGAACAACGACAUAGGACACUCUUAUUUCCAGAAACGUACGCUGUUGGAUUGGCUUUUCUUCAGUACAUUUAUACCGACCACCUCAUGACAACGCAACAACAUCAACCUCAUGUCCUAUCACGCUUACUCAUUCUUGCCGACAUGUACAAUAUGCCACGCUUGAUUAAAUUGGCCACCCACGCCCUUCAUCAAAUUCUCACCAUUUCCACUGCAAGUAUGGUAUAUGAGACAGCGGCAUUAACGUGUCAAACGGCUUUGCAAAUUCGUGCACUUCGCGUCAUGGUCAACGCCAAAAAGAUGCUUCAGCAACAGCAAAUGAUGCAACAGGAUGGUACCCGUACGUCACUUGAACAACAACCUGAGGAUUAUACCAUGGGCCAAACAUGCAGCCAAGAGAACAAAAUGACAUUGACAGCUCCUUUUACUCUUCGUCAUAUGGCUACAAGUAAAUCCACCACCACCCAGAGUGAUCCCUCCCAUCACGUGAUACCCACUCCCAAAAUGUCAAAGUCAGGCACACUUAUAUCCCAUAAUGCACAUCCCUUUACCCUGGAUGAAGAUCGUAUACGUAUGCAUGAUAGAUGA